CGCGCGUGCACGUGUUGGGGCGUGAACGCGCCACAGUCUGGACCGCCGUCUAGUCAGACAGUUUGCGACUCGUGAAGCAAAAAGGAGGGGCGAAUAUUGGGGAUGCCACAGGAAUGAUCCAUUAACCCCGCACAACCCACAUCCGCAUUUAUGGAUUAGUUUCUCCCGAAGUCAAAGCCAUCAUAUUUAUUGUUUUCGUCAUCACUGAAGUUACUUAAAUAUCCCCACUUUGCACGCGGAGCACAUGACGAAGGAUCAGAGAUGUUCUGAAUGAAAGGAGGAUCUGGCAGCCUUUCGAUAACAAUGCUGGAGAACUUGAGCGGAGCCCACAUUGAUCGACCCGCCCCUAGAUCAUCCACGUUCAGCUUCUCUGCCCUGUUUGCUCUGCCACACCACCUUCACAUGGAUGGAAGCAGUCAUCCAUUCAGGAGGACUCUGUACCGCUUGAAGUUGGUAAGUUCUCCAAAUCUGAGUCAGCUGGGCAAAAAUGAAAAGGCUUCACUGGAGGAGAGAGGAUCAGGCCCCAAUGCCACAUGGAACAGCAUUCACAACGCAGUUAUUGCUGUAUUCCAAAAGAAAGGACUGGCGGACAACGAACUCUAUACACUCAAUGAAGGUGUGAGGCAGCUAUUGAAAACUGAGUUGGGCUCAUUCUUUACAGAAUACCUCCAGAAUCAGCUUUUAACUAAAGGCAUGGUCAUUUUACGGGACAAAAUACGCUUUUAUGAAGGUCAGAAGUUACUGGACUCUUUGGCUGAGACGUGGGACUUCUUCUUUUGUGAUGUUCUCACCAUGCUUCAAGCCAUCUUCCACCCCGUCCAGGGAAAGGAGCCAUCGGUGCGUCAGCUGGCCCUGCUGCACUUCCGAAACACCAUCACCCUUAACGUGAAGCUGGAGGAGGCUCUGUCCAGACCGCGAGCACGCGUCCCUCCCUCCAUCGUCCAGAUGCUUUUGGUGUUACAGGGGGUUCAUGAAUCUAAAGGCAUAAGUGAAGAAUACAUGAAGCUGGAGUCUCUCAUUCAGAAGGUGGUGUCACCGUACCUGGGCACGCAGGGACUGUGUUCACAUGAGUGUGGCGCCUCUCAGUGCUCCUGUGUUAUCGAGAGGCAUUUGCAGUAUUGCUGGUCCAAGUCUGCAGACCUGCCCUCCAGUAAUCCAGUAGUGCGCUCCAAGAGUUACAACAUCCCCAUGCUGACCCCUGUGGCCGAGUACGACUCUGAAGUGAGCUCUGUGGGCAGCGUCGGCAUCCGGCGUCACUCUGCGUGUGACGUCACUUCCUGCAUAGAGUCCCAGGGCUAUUCGGCCCUGUCUGUGGGAAUAGAGACCAGCUCGACGCCUAGACUCUCACUUGAUCAUGAUCUCACCCUCUCCGGUGUGAUGCGAGGGGCCACAGGACAGCCAGCUAUGAUUUCUCCACCCGUCUUCAUCCACACCUCCGCAGGGUGUCUGCAUGCAGGGGAUGCCCCGAUGGCUUUAUCCGAAGUGGACAAGGCCCCCUCAUCGCCCCCGAGCUGCUCCUCCAGUCCGGAGACCAUUGUAAUGCAGGGGCUGGACUCACUGGAAUCGGAUCCUGACGGUAUCUUCAUUGACUUUUCCCACUGCCGCUCCGAUUCUUUCGGAACGAGCAGGAAAACUAGCUGAUGGAAUCAAUUGCUGUGAAGAAUCCAUUUCAGAUUAUUUUCUGUGAACUUGUGAAGUAGCUAUGUAUGUUGUGAUUUUUUUUUUUAAAACUGGAAUUUCAUUCCUGCUUUGCGCAAAAGCCAAGGCUGCUUUGUGUGAAAAAUGGGAGAAGACUCAAUUUAAAGUGAUUGUUUUUAUAAUGUUCUAAACCUGUGGAUGAAUUUUUGAAUUUUUCUAGUUUUUCUUAGACAAUAGACGUGGAAUGUCUCCAUUUUAAUUAAUACACAUUUUACUGUCUCUAGUUAAUAGAAGCUUAUUUCCGCGAUGGAAUAAGAAAAAUUAAAAAGGGUGAUUUGAGGCUUUUUAUCUCACAAUUUAGAGUUAUUUCUAAUAAUUAAGACUUUUGUCUUAGAACUGCUGGAUUUGCAAGAAAAUUGCGAGAAAAAAGUCAGACAAUUAUGUUUCUUUGUUUUUGUAUGAAAAACUUAUUGUGAGAUAUCAAGUCAGAAUUAAGAAAAAAAGUCAGACUUCAAAAGAAGUUUAAAAAUCAAAUUCAUUUUCGAGAUGUAAACUCAAAAUCAUUUUCGAGAUGUAAACUCAAAAUCAUUUUCGAGAUGUAAACUCAAAAUCAUUUUCGAGAUGUAAACUCGAAACUGAGUUUCUAAUUUAAAAAUUGUGAGAUAUAAAUUCGCAAUUGUGAGAAAAAAGUCAGCUAUUUAAAAAAAAAAAAAAUUAUUCCAUGGCAGAAAUAAACUUCCACACUAAUUUUGCUUAAAGUGGUUGUCACAUUUACUGUGGUUUGUCGAAUUUUCGCAGGCGAAAUCCAGUUAUUUCAAUAGGAAUUCAUAAAGUUGGGAAUUUCACGUGAGGGAGAAAGAAUUCGCAAUGGGUACAUGUUUUCACAUGGAUUUGCCACUUCGACCAUCAGAAAGCUGAUAGGUUUAUUAGUUCUUCUGUGUGAGGUGUGCUUCAUACAUUAAUACCCAAUCAACAAUAGACAACUGGCUUUUUUAUUUGCGAAAUAUUGACUGCACCUUAAAUGAGCUUCACGUAUCGUAAUGUGUUAUGAGACGACAGUAUGCAUAAAUGUAGAAAUCAUUCUUGUCGCUCUUGACCACAUGCACUAUUUAUUGUCAUAGGGCUUUAAAUGUACUACAUUUAGUGCUUUUUAAUUAUUGUCAAGCUAAUCUGCACUCUUAAUGGUAUGAAAAUAAAUGAAUUAGUCUCUUAAUCUGUGAGAAUAAUGAUAAUGUCGCUAAUGAUAAUACAGUGCAGAACAUUGUACGUCUUUCUCAAUCUUGUUUUUUUUAUGUGACAAUAAUAAGCUGCCUGGAAGUUAAAGGGAUAGUUCACCUAAAAAUUAAUUGUUAUUAUUACCUGCUUACCCACAAGGCCUUCAAGAUUUAUGUGACUUAGUUUCUUCAGUAGAACACAAACUGAGAUUUUUUUACUCAAACUGUUGCAGUCUAUCACUCUUAUAAUGUAAGUGGAUGGGAAUCACAGCUAAAACAUAAAAAAAAAAAAAUAAACAAUCAAAUUAAACCCUGCGGCUUGUGAUGAUACAUUGAUGUUUAAAGACACAAAACUCGCUCAGUAGAGUUUUAACAGUUUGGAUAAUUGCUUGAAACAGGUAAAAAAAAAAAAAAAACUGUUUAUAUUGUGUUCCGUUUCUUGCACAGACUGAUCGUUUUGUGUCUUUGCACAUCAAUGUAUCAGCCAUAUAUUUUUUUUUUAAGCUGUGAAUCCCAUCCACUUACAUUAUAAGACUGAUAGACUGCAACGGUUUGUGUUAAAAAUCUCAGUUUGUGUUCCACUGAAGAAACAAACUCACCUACAUCUUAGAUGCCCUGGGGGUAAACAGAUAAACAACACAUUUUCAUUUUUGGGUGAACUAUCCCUUAAAUCAGGGUUUUCUAAUUGAAUGUGUUAACAAAAACUCCCUUUUAGUUAGUUGAUAAAAUAGAAUAAAUACAAAAAGAUGGCAUUAGAUGAAACUGGACUGCUAAAUUUUACUUUUUGACUAAAAAAGGGUACAUAAUCAGAAGGUAUUCUUUAAUUUAAUUAAAGAUUAUUAUCUGAUUUCUUUAGAAUUUAGGAUUUAAUUUAAUUGUUAAAUACGCUCAAGUAUAAUUCGAUAAAUGCUUAUUCCAGUUUAUGAAAUUGUAAUGAUGCAUAAAAGCCCCAUUGUACAAAAAAAAUUAUAAGGUACUAUAAAAUAGUUUUUUGUGGUUUUUGUUUCUGUUUUCUAUGUAUGUAAACUUUUUGUUUAGGUUAUAAGAUCAUGAAUUUCUCUGUAAUUGUAUCGAUUUGAGAUUGAGCAUACUAGCAUAGAUUUUUACACAAGCAACAUUUUCUAGAAAUGUAAAAAGUUUACAGAGGUACUUUAACACCUCGCACUGUCAUUUCUGAAAGUCUGUGCUUACUUUCAUAAGGAGUUUGUUAUCAGCUUUCAUGUGUGCUGCUGUGGAAAACCUCAACAAGGCAGAAUUUGUAGUAAAAUACUUUUAUGCUUCACGUU